CAUUCUAAGAUUCUGUCCUACGCCCUGCGGGGUUCUCAAGCACUAUCUGGCCUCUCCUGCCUCCAUCUCCCUGUCCCGGCCGUGUUCCCAGCUGGAGUUUUAUUUUCCGGGCUUGCCCGGGCCAAGCGCAGGCGGGGCUGGUGGCCCUGCGGGGCUUUCACCCCGCGCUCGGCCGCCGCCGCCCAGUCGCUCCCGGGCGUCCUCCGGAGAUGCUGCCGUGGAAGAAGCACAAGUUCGAGCUGCUGGCCGAGGCGCCGCCGCGGCAGGCGUCCAAGCCUAAGGGCUACGCUGUAAGCCUGCAUUACUCUGCGCUCAGCUCCUUGGCGAGGGCCUGCCCGGAAGGCGCGCUCAGCCGGGUGGGCAGCAUGUUCCGCUCCAAGCGCAAGAAGCUGCACAUCACCAGUGAGGACCCCACUUACACAGUGCUCUACCUGGGUAAUGCCACCACCAUCCAGGCGCGCGGCGACGGUUGCACUGACCUAGCGGUGGGCAAGAUCUGGAGCAAGAGUGAGGCAGGCCGUCAAGGCACUAAGAUGAAGCUGACUGUGAGUGCACAAGGCAUCCGCAUGGUGCACGCCGAGGAGCGAGCGCUGCGGCGUCCAGGCCACCUCUACCUGCUGCACCGCGUCACCUACUGUGUGGCCGACGCGCGGUUGCCCAAAGUCUUCGCGUGGGUGUACCGGCACGAGCUGAAGCACAAGGCAGUGAUGCUACGCUGCCACGCGGUGCUGGUGUCCAAGCCGGAGAAGGCUCAGGCCAUGGCGCUGCUGCUCUACCAGACGUCGGCCAACGCUCUGGCAGAGUUUAAACGUCUCAAGAGGCGGGACGAUGCGCGUCACCAGCAGCAGGAGUUGGUGGGCGCACACACUAUCCCCCUAGUGCCGCUGCGCAAGCUGCUUUUGCAUGGACCUUGCUGCUACAAGCCGCCAGUGGAGCGCAGCCGCAGCGCUCCCAAACUAGGCUCGAUCACGGAGGACCUGCUUGGGGAACAGCAGGAGGAGGAGGAGCUGCAGGAAGAAGAAGAGGAGCACCUCGAGGGCUGCCUGGAGGAGGAGGAAGAGGAAGAAGAGGAUCAUGUGGGGGAUGGGGAUCCAGCAGAGGAAGAGGCUGAAGCGCAGAGGGCGCUGGUGGUGGCUAUGCACUUGGAAUGUGAGGACUUGCAGGGCCCGCUGGAGAAUGGCUACGGGGAGGUGUUGGGGGACAGCAGGGUCUCACUGGGCCCCAGCUCUGGGACAUCGCCUCCUCUGCCAGGCUGUGCCUCCGACAUGAAGGCCCAACUGUCGCAGCUUAUUAGUGACCUGGGCAAUCUUAGCUUUGGCAAUGAUGUGAGCACCCUGGAGUCCGAUUUAAGGGUGACGCGCCUGCUGUCGGGCGAGAGCACCGGCAGUGAGAGCUCCAUCGAGGGCGGAGGCCUGGAUGCCACCUCUGUCACCUCUGGCAACUCAUCCGGCCCAGCUGACAGCGCUGGCUUAAAUGAGCCCUACUCAACCUAGCUACCAGAAGACUUCUCCAUGCGUCUGGCACCCCACAGUGGCUCCCCAACAGUAGUUCCGUUCCCCCUAACCUCCAGGAAAGGGACAAUUAGGCACCUAAGGUCCAGACCGGAGUUUGGAGUUUCCUGGGGCUCACUCUUUGUGAGCAGGGAGAGAAGCACUACAAAGGAAAGGGACAGGCUGUCUGGGGUUGGCGAGGAUGUGGGA